AUGGAAAGCUUAAUCCGCUACCUCCACGAAGCCGUCAUCGCGAUCGAAGAAACACAAAAUGGUAACAUACCCGGAGAAAUUUUGUUACCGGAACAAUUGGCUACGGCAAUAAAGGACAUCAGCAGACAAUACCCGGAGCUAAAUCCGCCACAACCAGUAGAACUCACAAACGUGCAUGCAUUGAACGCAGUGGCAGAAACAAAAACCGGGAAAAUAAAGGAAAAAUUUUUAAUAAUCAUCACACUACCUCUGUUCAAUCAGUCGACCUUCAAAAUUCUGAAAAUGAAACUUAUGCCAGUACCGCAGAUCAUCGGCGGAGAAGCAAGGAGCAUGGCCAUCCAACCACAGAAGCAGUACUUAGCGAUUAACGCGCUAAAAGAUCAAUACUAUCUGGCAGACGAAGAAGACAUCAAAAACUGUCGAAAAAUAGGAACCGACCUCGCCUGCGAACCUGAUGAACCAUUCCGAAAGGUGGAUAAAAGUGAGGAAUGCGAGUUGUUGCUGUACUUACAACCCGGCCUGGUAACACCAAGCACGUGCGACGUCAGAGUAUUCCCGAAAUGCUCGACGACCAUCAUCAAACUUCAUCAGCCCAACGUAUGGGCCUACUCUAUCUAA